AAUUACGCAUUUCCUGCUUUACGUCAAUGUCAUAAUGUCAAAACAAAAGUGACCAAAAUAAUUUGCGAAAACUGCCAUGCAUUGCGUUUUUAAAUAAAAGAUCACAGAAAUCGUUUCAACCAUGUCCAAAACUCCACCAAAUAAUGUGGACGCCGCUCAAAAUUUUACACCUAGAGAAUUACCAACGCCAAAUAAAGAUACACCUGGUAUUUCGAAGACAGUCUUUACUCAUGUAUCAACUUUGCAUGGGUUGUUGAUUGACUGGAAUCGGUUCCGCGAAAAAGGAGUGAAACUGUGUAGAGCCAUCUAUGCCUUGAAGCUGUAUGAGUGUGCUGAUGACUACUAUCCUUCCCAACUCAAACCACUCAUGGACAAUCUUGUAGAAGCUUUGAAUGGCUUGAAGGAUGUUGUAGAAGGGGCAGAGGUGGUGAACAAGCAAUUGGAAGCUUUGGCCAACCUGCAACCAUCGGAUGAGCCAAUCAUCCUCACCUGGACUGCAAAGAAAAUCUCUGAGACAGUCAACAAAAUAUUCACAUCUAUGCAAAAGGAAUUCAAAGUGAAACAAAUCAUCACUGAAAAUAUUGCUCAUUGCCGAGAUGAAAAAAUGAUUGACGUUUAUAUUAGCUCCUGGGAACUUGAACCGUUUUUUGAACCCAACGCCUAUUUGUUUGCUGAAGUUGGAUUGCCCGGAAUAACAUAGAUUUAUUUAUUAAUUUUGUCAUAAUGAUUAAUUUAUAAUUAACAAUAAAUUAUGUACUGUC